UUCCAUUGAUCCAAAUUGAUCGAUAGAAACAAAAACCAAAAGUGAAUGAAAAUUGUGCAAUUUUCAAUUCCGGAGGCAAGAAUGUUUGAUUAACGCUUAUUAUUCAAUAUUACACCUUCUCGUAACCAACGUUUAGGGGUCAUCAAGGUUGAGCGCGUCGUUGGAGAGCAAGUUGAGGUGGAAAGGGUGGUGGUUGUACGCUGUGUCACUCUAUAUAUAAAGUGGCAGUGGGCACCCCACGCGAUAUUAAGAACGUUCACCGCAUCUGCGGUAACAUGGUUUCCAGUUACAAGAGAUCAUUAUCUGCCGCCGUCGAGAUGACGCCAUGGCUGAUGGCAAUUUUCUGUCUGGUUACCGCGGGCUGUUCAAACGUCACGGACCAGCAAACAUCCGAGACACACCACGAUCAACAGGUGGCGAUCCUGAAACAGAUCAGAAAAGUGAAUGAAGACGGUUCUUACACUUACGGUUACGAGGCUGGGGAUGGAUCUUUCAAGGAGCACGUGUCCGUCGUACAAAGCAUUCCACGCCUAAAUCGCACCACCACGACCAAGAAACCAAACAUCGUCUACCCUUCCUCGACCGAAGCAUCCACAAAAUCGUCGGUGGUCCAAUCCAUACCGCGAAACAGAAAGACGACGACGACCACUUCCACGACCACAACCACCACCACCACCACGGAACAACCGAGGACGAUAUUCAGUCAUUAUCUGAAAGGAACGGGGAAGAGUAGGCCACGUUUCAUUAUCAACGGCCAGCAGAGGCCACUGAUAAUCGAAGAGGAAAGCGCAGAGGACGAGGAUUCCCAGAUAAAUCGUCCAACCACGGAUGACAAAACGUCCACGUACAGAAAGAUCAUUUUUGCCAAACGGCCGGUCGAUCAAACUUUACGGCCCAUCUCUGACGAUUUCAUCGAGAAAGAGGACGAAACCAAAGUGACGAGUGGGAAUAAUUUAAGGAGGCAGCUGCACGAAGACACCACGAAACCUAGUCCGAUCGUAGAGGGGAGUAACGAUGAUCAUUCCGACGUUUACGGUGGUUCCUUGUCCACGACUCGACCCCUGUUCACCACGUCCACUCCACCAAGGGUUCUGCAACGCGUCUCGCCGGCUGGUCGAGUGGAAAAGCCGAAAGUGUACGUCAAUCGGGAGAACCUAGCCCCGGCAAGAUCGUUCGAGAACGUAAAUUCCAGAGCUUUCGAAGCGGAGACGAAAACGGUUCCGGAGGAGCGUGUCUCGCCUCAACCAAUUUUGAUUCGUGGCCCUCCACGCGUGGCGGAAAAUCGAGAGUAUCUGCGCCAAAGCACGGAGCCGAUCUUCGUCAGACAACAGCCGGAACAGUUUUUGCGCGAAGUACCGGGAGGAAGAAUAUUAGUCCCCGCUCAACAGAACAUCGAGGAGGAUCCCGCUUACAGGCCUCUCUCUGUCAACAGAAUCUUGUUGCGCCCUCUGCCAGGCCAACAGCCACUUUACUCCACGACGACGGACGCGAACAUUCACUAUCUAACGGAGAAUCCUCUCCCGGAGCAAGAAGAGGACCCAAGAGUCGCGAUGGCGCCGGGCUACAUGCGUCCAAGGCCCUUUCCGCGGCCCGUCAUCUUCCAAGAGCCAAGGCCCAGGCCCGUGUUGAGACCCGUCUCCCCACCUGUCACUCCAAUCGACGAUAGGGAGUACCAAACGACCUCGGAAUAUCCUUACAGGAGCAGCACUCUGGCCUUGCCCCCGGAACCACCGAAUCCAAUCAAUCCACCUCUGAGCAGACGCGACUUCCAAUUGCUGUUGAGGAGGUUGCUGGUCAGCCAGUACGGCGUCCAGGCUCUCUCCUAUCCGAAAACUUACCUGGAGGACGCCUUGUACGAUCAGCAACCGUAUCCCUCUUAUCAGCCGGGCUAUCAGACUGUCGCGCCGCGAGCGGAAAUUGGCUACGAUCAGCAAGUCCCGCUUCAGUACGGCGACCGUGUCCCCGUCAGACGUCCCACCGUGUACACCAGCAGGGCCUUGAGUCCUGUCUAUCAACCGCAACAGUACGAGGAUUACAACGACGGAAGGUACUCGAAGAGGGUAUACAGGCAGAAGUUCUACGCGCAAGAGGUCGGUGACGAGGGGGACGAAAUAUUGCCCGCGCCUAUCCGAGAAGCUUUGCUGCUGAGGAUGCUGCAACUGGCGAUCAACGCUGAACGACCAUCCACCAUGGUCACGUCGCCGGUUAUGACCACAACAACGCCUGCUUCGAGAUACAGGAAGACUGGACCGGUUAGAAGCGUGCAGAUUAUCACCGAUGAGGAGGAGGAAGGGAAGGAAACGAUGAAGAAGAAGAUGUGAGAAAUUCUAUGUUGACGACUUCUCUACGUGGUUAUUAUUAUGAGAUCAAAGAGGAGUUGAGCGUCGGAAUUUAGUUCAUUUUUUUUAUAACGAAUAGUAGUAGUUUCGUUUCGCAGAAUUUAUGCGAGGUUACGCGUACGAGUGAUUUCAGAAAUUAAAUAGGAUGAUGUAAUUGUAAUUGCGUAGAAAAGUUAAUGUUUGAACUGUAGAAUAUAUAUAUAUGGUUUUUAGGGAAUGACACGUGUUGACAAUUUAAAUAGAUUCGAAACAUUAAAGGAUAAGCUAUAAGAAGUACACGUAAAUUUGUAAGCAAAAAAAUUGUUUCACAAUUGUUUGUACAAUUUAGACAAGAUGUUUCGAAAUAUAUUAUUUAUUUUUCUAUUAUAUUAAUUACGAUGUAAUCAUCCCUGAAGGGGAAGAAUUUUAUGAAGAAGAAAUUUCAUAAAGCUGUAUGCUUGAACCGUUCUCACACUCGACGUCCCUAUUUUUUUUUUUUUUUUUUUUACGUUUUCCCUCGAAAUUAUACCUCAUACUCGUUCCAAUCACUUGUCAA